ACACCUGGUAAUAACUGGGCACCUCCCACAUACGGCCGUCCAUUAUCCUGCGCGGCCGGUUGCCGUGCGCGCGCGCAGUCGCAGUGCGCAUACACGCGCGCGCGCCGCUCUUAUCCUCUGGGACGGGUCUCAGGUGCGCGCAACCACAGCCGAGUCAAGAUGACGGUGACAAAGAAGCGUCCAUCAGACCUGACCAGCUUGGAGCGGUUCAACCUUUACUACAAGGAGAAGGAGGAACCUCUCACUGGCGCUGAGAAGACGAAGCGGUUCAUCUGGAACCCUAAGACCAGGCAGUUCUGCGGCAGGACCGGAGCUAGUUGGUCCAAAAUAGCUCUAUUCUACUUCAUCUUCUACUCUGCGCUGGCAAUCCUCGUCGCCAUCUGCAUGUGGACCUUCCUGCAACUCCUGGACACGCGGCAGCCAAUGUGGCAACUAGAGAAGAGCAUCAUUGGCACUAACCCUGGACUCGGCUUCCGACCCAUGCCACCAGAGGUCGCUAGCAGCGUGAUCUGGUAUAAAGGCAACGAUCCUGGAAGCUACAACUUUUGGGUCAAAGAACUGUCGAAGUUUUUAGCAGUAUACAAACGCGAUGGUAAGAAGUCUGGAGCGAGCCAGAACAUCCAUAGCUGUGACUUCAAGCUCCCUGCACCAGCUGGUAAGGUCUGCGACGUAGACAUCAGCGCCUGGGGACCCUGCCUCGAAGAGAACCACUUUGCUUACCAGAAGUCCACUCCCUGUGUCUUCCUGAAGCUCAACAAGAUCUUCGGAUGGAAACCAGCCUUCUACAACAGUUCUGACAGUCUACCUGGAGAGAUGCCUGAUGAUUUGAAGGAGCAUAUCCGAAAUAUGACUGCGUAUGAUAAGAAUUAUCUGAACAUGGUGUGGGUAUCCUGCCAGGGAGAGAACCCGGCAGACAGGGAGAACAUCGGGCCCAUCCAGUACAUGCCCUACCGUGGCUUCCCAGGGUACUACUUCCCUUACACGAACCAGGAGGGCUACCUCAGUCCACUCGUCGCUGUACAUCUGCAGAGGCCGAAAACGGGCGUGCUCAUCAAUAUCGAGUGUCGAGCGUGGGCCAGGAACAUAAUGUACGACAGACAAGAAGCCAUGGGCACUGUACAUAUUGAAAUCAUGAUCGAGUAGACCACCAGUGUCAGGGAAGGGCAAGAAAAGAUAUAGAAAAAAGAAAGAAAGUUGUUUUUGAUACAGAAUUUAAUAUCAGCCUGUAUUUUUAUAAGGUUCGUGUACACUCGAGUGUUCAUUCGUUUAUUUUUGCUUUAAUCAAUAAAUAAAUAAAUGUUAAAUUGCCAAAGAUAUAAUGAUAUUACGUAUGUAUCUAAUUUAGGCUCAGAUCUGGACACUAUUUUACAAAAUUAUUAAAUUUUUUGUUGAAACAUAUCAAUCAUAUUAUGAAAUAUUUUACUCACAUUCGAAAAUAAUUGUAGUAAUAACUAAGCAAGAUUAAUGAAGCUAAAAUGCCAAAUAUUAGGAUAAUAAAAAUACAUAUCCUUACGAAGAUUUCCUGUAGAAUUGAUAUCGAUAAGUAUUAUUUAUUUAUGUAUUUGUUUGUUUGUAUGUAUAUUUAAAGAUUGUUAAAUAAUGUACGAUCGUCAGUGGAGUGAGAACAUUUGUGAUUUAUCUUAAUAAAUGUAGAUAUUGAAA